GCUCUGGUCACUUCCAAAAUGGCCGAUAUUUAUUUCGCGGAACUUAUUUUCCUCUAAAACUCACAAAAAUUGGUGUUCAAAGGUAUUCAAGAUGGAUAUUACACCAGUGAUUCAGAAGAAGCUAAAGGACAAGGAAAAAUGCGUGGCUUCGAUUGAGGCUGGCCUUGUCGAAGGAUGGGUGAAGACAAGCCGUGUAUUGGCUCUUGUUGGCAAAGAGGGAGAAUAUGGUCUACUGGUGUUCAAGACGACCCGCUCCCCGUGUGUUAGCCCCACUGAUCUCAGCAUUGAGCAGGCCUUGCCAAUCAACUUGGAAUUCAAGUGUGCCGUUGAUACCUCGGCACCAAGGACAAUUGGAUCUGAUGUGCCUGUGAAAAUCACUGGCAAGAGAGCACAGCUGAUAUUUGAGGUCCCCUACGGAACAAGGUCCAAUUCAUUUAUGACAGAGAUGAAGAGAGCAAUGGAUGUCGAAGCUCAGACAGCUGGCUUUGGUCUACCCUCAGAAUUCACUUGGCUGGACAAGUACAGCCCUGCACCCAGAAACUCAAGUGGUACACUUGAUAUGUUCGAUCCUCUCAAGCAGGCAGGCCCUCAACAACCAAGUCAAAAUCUCAACCCAAACUCAGAUUGGCCUUGGGGUCACAUCGUAGAUGCAGGCCAAGCAGAUGCAUGCCCAGUUGUCUUUGACAGCACUGCUGACGGCAGCAAUCCGAUGCUGGGAUUCGAGGAUAACUUCACGGACGGGGUCACCCUGGAUGAUGCUGACGGCGGGGGGAGAAGGGAUCUGAAAAUAUCCGAUAAUGAUUCUGCAUCGUUUACUUCAUCAAUUACGUCAUCUUUGUCAAAAAGUUUAGAUGACCUCAAUGACCUUCCAGUUAGCAAGCAACACUUCGGUGUGGCAACAAAACCAGUCGGAUCUGCCAGAGAUGUCUAUAUACAGGUCCACAUGAGCAACAGGGACGAGGAGUUCACACAUAAAAAACAACUCAAGGUUUUCUGUGGGACAUGGAAUGUCAACGGACAGCCUGCGUCCGUCUCAAUCAAACCUUGGUUAUCAUACGAUGAGGAACCACCAGAUAUAUACGCCAUCGGAUUCCAAGAGUUAGAUCUCAGCAAAGAAGCGUUCAUCUUCAACGACUCCAAUCGGCAAGAUGACUGGUUUAAACAAGUGUGCAGUGCGUUGCAUCCUGAGGCUAAAUAUAGAAAGGUGCGCUUGAUCCGUCUGGUUGGUAUCAUGUUGGUCGUGUUCAUCAAAGAUGACUUAGUCGCACACAUCAAUGAUAUAGAUGCGGCAUAUGUCGGCACUGGAAUCAUGGGAGUCAUGGGUAACAAAGGAGGUGUGGCUGUACGAUUCAGUAUCUACAACUCCACCGUGUGUUUUAUAUCUUCACAUCUUGCCGCCCAUGUGGAAGAGUACGAACGAAGAAAUCAAGAUUUCCGGGACAUCAAUAGUCGAUUGCGUUUUGCCAAGUUUGAUCCACCGCUGUCAAUUGUUGAACAUGACAUGAUAUUCUGGCUGGGUGAUCUGAACUAUAGACUUAGUGAACUCGACGCAGAGACAGUGAAAAAUUUGUGUAAAUCGCAGGACUUUGAGACAAUUCUAAAAUACGAUCAACUGUUCCGGCAAAUAAACGCCAAAAAAGUGUUUUUAGGUUACAAGGAAGGAGACAUUAAAUUCAUUCCUACUUAUAAAUACGACCCUGGAACAGAUAAAUGGGACACCAGUGAGAAAUGUCGAGCUCCAGCGUGGUGCGAUCGUGUUUUAUGGAAAGGAGAUGGAAUUGACCAGGUUGCCUACAGAAGUCAUCACGUGCUUAGAAUAAGUGACCACAAGCCUGUCAGUGCUGUAUUUAAUGUUUAUGCCAAGGUGAUUGACACUGCAAAGUACAAGCGAGUGUACGAGGAUGUGAUGAAGAAACUAGAUCGGUUAGAAAACGAGUUCCUUCCACAAGUCUCAUUGGACCGAGUAGAGUUACACUUCAAAGAUGUGAUGUUUAUCGAGCCGCAGUGCCAGCAUAUAACAAUAGCAAACACAGGGCAGGUGCCAGUCCAGUUUGAGUUUAUCAACAAGCUGGAUGAUGACUCUUACUGUAAACCAUGGCUUCUCAUCAGACCACCCAAGAGGUUCAUCAUGCCAGGCGAAAGUUGUGAAGUAGAGUUUGAAGUCUACGUGAACAAGGACACUGCUCCGAAGCUGAAUGCCGGGGAUGAUAAAAUCGAAGACAUUUUAGUCCUCCACUUGGAUGGAGGAAAAGACUUUUUCGUUUCUGUUUCUGGUAACUUCUUGCCAAGUUGCUUUGGUUCGUCACUUGAGGCCUUGGUUCACAUGUAUGGAGUGAUCAGAGAUGUGCCUACAGCCCAACUCAUUGACCUUUCUCACUACACCCCCACGAGUGAACCUGCGAGUUCAGAUCACGAUCAACCCCUGGACAUUCCCAAGGAGAUUUGGCGGCUUGUCGACCAUCUCUACAACUAUGGCAUGUCACAGGAAGACCUCUUCCAGCAACCGGGCCUACACUCUGAGAUACAACAGAUUAGAGACAGCUUAGACACUGGGGUGCCUGAGGACAUCCCUGGUGGCAUUCAUUCUGUAUCUGAGAGUCUGCUCAUCUUCAUCGAAGCUCUACCCGAGCCGGUUAUCGUCUAUUCUCUGUAUCAGAGAUGUUUAGAUAACUCUCAUAGCUUUAUUGCAUCCAAACAGCUUGUUUCCAUGCUUCCAACAUGCCAUAGAAACACCUUCAACUAUAUCUGUGCAUUCCUAAGGAAAUUGUUAGAAUUCAACCAAUACAACAAUCUGGAACCAAAGUUUUUAGCGUCACUGUUCAGUGCUGUGAUGUUGCGAGCGCCACCUACUGACAAACGAGACAAUCCUAGUGUUGCAAACAAAAGAGCCACCAAUAUACAAAUCCUCGAGAAAAAGAAGGCAACGUUUCUCUACCAUUUCUUGGUCAAUGAGGAUGCCGUAGUGACACCUUUUGGAACGUGAUGGAACCGACUCUGUUGGACACUAUACUUACAUGUGUGGAUUUUAGUGUAUAUUUCCAUAUCAGUUAUAUCUUUUUGGAGCGAUUGAUUGAGGUGACCCAGCUGAUCCUGCCCAGAACCUCCCUGUCAAAACAAAGCAAAGAACUUUUUUCAAUUUGUCACAACUAAAAAUUUACAUGGGAUAGAGGCAAUUCAUUUGUCAUAAAGUAAAGACAUUUCUCUUAAUGAGAGCUUGACAGAAGGAAAACUCUUGGAUGUGUGCUAGAAAUGUUAUGCCAAAAUCUGUGUUAUUUUUGAAGUAGACUGGUGCUUCAGAUGUUGGGUCUGUUAAUGCUUUCUGCUACAAUUAGUGACACACAAUUGUGUGUUGGAUGAUUGUCCCUGAGAACAAUAUGCAGCAUGGUGAGCUGUGUCAUGCAUGCUCUUGACAAACAGAUGUGGAAGAGGUAAUACUUCCUAUGGCUGAGUGUUCUUGUCGCUUGUGUAGACAAUGGUGUCAUAUCUAAGAUUUGAUGGGUUUCUGCAACAUUUUUGAUCCCAAAAAUUGUGGGAUUUUCUUAUUCUGUGAGUAAGUGUACAUUCUGUAUCAUACUGUAAAUCUCUUAUAUCGCAUUCUAGAAUUGUAUGAUAAUUUUGUAAAGCAUUAACCCUCUAUAACAUACUCUCACUGUCUGCAAUUGUAAACAGCAAAAGAAACAUGGUUCACUUAAACAGCAGCUGCAUGUGAUUUCCCCAGUUUAUUGUCCAGAGUUUGAAUAAAAUUGAAGGCUAUAUGUGGCCUUUUACUCAAAAGAAUGACCUCAUUUUGAGCUCUGGCAAGGGCGAAUCGAUAAAACUAUGGACUGAUAUUUAUUACUUGGAACAUUCCUAUUGACAAUGAAUUCGUGAUAGUCAAAUAGCAAUGACUAGUAAUGAAAAUUAGUGUUAGUAAAUUAUUCCGAGUGGCUUUUGUUGUGUUGAUGGGCACAUUUAAAAACAAAUAAUAUUUGGGAACUGAUCUCAAUUUCAGUUAUCAGUUAAGUGUCAAUUGAGAGGUACUCUCUUCAAUUUAAGCCUUCGAGUUCUAUAUGUUCUAGUCCUUCAUGUGCCUUAUGUGCUUCGUCCUCUUUCUGCUAUGCAAUAAUCCAACUUGGUGUUAUAUGUACAGCAAGGAGUCUGAAAAGGCAGGGCGCUGUGCUCUGCCUUUGAAUGGAAGUGCAUUAGCCACAAGAGACAAUUGAGAAAGGCAGUUUGUAGCGUUCUUCUGCUAAAACAUUUUAGCUGAAACUACAACUCCAUGUCGAAAGUCAGGAAUCAUUAAUAUGAUGCUUGUAGGAUGGCCAGACAUCAAAAUAAUUCUCAUGACACUUGCUGGAUCAUGUAAAAUAUGCAUGUAGGUCGUUGUGAUGGUGUACUGCAAAUAAAUGAGUAACAUUGUAUGUAA